CUCUUUUAAUUUUUGCCUUUUCGAUUUUUCCAUGUUUUUUUAAAAUUUUCAUGAAAGAUUAAUAAUGCUGUCUGUGAAGCAGUACCCCCUCAUGGCCUCAUCUUCUCUGCAUCAUUUGACUGAGUUUUUCUUUUAGGUCUUUGAGAUUCUUUUUUGGGGUUCUGAGCUUUAGGUGGGUAUUUUCUGUGUACAUUAAAAAGGUUCCCUUUUACGGAAAUGGGAUCUGCUUUUUCACAUCUCAUCAUAAAUACCAAUAACAACUAAAUAAUAAUAAUAAUAAUAAUAAUAAUACUGGUAAUAACUCUUGGUGGAUAUCUGAUCCUCUUGUAAAAAGAACCACCCAUAGAGGUCAUGAUUCCUAGCACAGACCUUGUCUUAUAUGCAGAAAUGCCUUGCAAAAAAAAGCCAAAACUUCUCACGUUUUGUCUGGGUUUGUGGUAUGUGCAACUGUGUAAGGCAUGUGCAGGACUGGUUUUGAUUUGAUAGAAUUCUGAUUCUUUAUAAAGAAUGGAGGGUGACACAUUCUCAGGACUUGGUAAUGGCACCCAGAUCGAUAGCAAGGUCUUGCAUACAUUUGAGAAGAACUUUGUUCAAGUCCAGCACAUCUUUGAUCAGAACAGGCUGCUCAUCAAUGAGAUAAACCAGAAUCAUGAGUCCAAGAUCCCUGACAACCUCAGCAGGAAUGUAGGUCUGAUCAGGGAGCUCAACAGCAAUAUCAGGAGGGUCGUUGACCUCUAUGCAGACCUCUCUACCUCCUUUACCAAAUCCGUGGAGGCUUCCUCUGAGGGGGACUCCAGUGGGGCUUUGAGAUCAGAUGGCAAAGCUGGGCACAAGCGAAAUAGGCCUGCAUAGAGAAUUUCCUAAUCAAAAUUCUUUUGCAUGGUGGAAAACAAGAAUUUCACAAUUUGUGUUAAGGUGGUAGAGCAUGAUUAGAUUCUGGAACUCUUGUGUCAGUGAACCUGUCCCUGGUUCUUCACUUACAUUUCUUAUAAAAAAAAUAAUUUCCGGGAAGUUCUACUUCUCCUCAUUGUAACUCAGUUUAGCUCUGGAUCUAAUUGAAAAGUACCAAGCAUGUUUGUAUCAUCUACUUUUUUAUUCUGCUGUUGUUCUUGAUAAUUAGUAAUAUAGCUAGUUUUGUUUUUUGGGUUCAA